GGCACAAGGGAUUUAAUAGAGAAGGAAGGGGUGGGAUUGGAAGCCUUUGCUCAAGGUCCCAGCUGCUGAGAGUGAUGGAAGGAGAGAUGGCUGAUGGAUGCAGGGAAGGAAAGCUCUAUCCUUUGAAGCAGGCCCGAUAGAUCCGACUCAAUCUUCAGAUGGAUACCUGCCGGGGUCCCAGAGGAAGCAGAAGCAGCUGCUGAUCCACCAAGCGCUCACAAAGGACCCUGUGGAUGUGGAGGCUCUGCGGCAGGCAGCCUUCAGCCACGGGGGGCUCUUGACCGACGAGAUCCGACGCAAAGUGUGGCCUAAACUGCUGGGCGUCAAUGUCUACAGCUUGCCCCCCAAGCCAGGUCCGGACGUAUGUGACAACCACAAAGAUUACAACCAGGUGCUCCUGGACGUCCGUCGCUCCGUCCGCCGGUUCCCCCCAGGCAUGCAGGAAGCUCAGCGCCAGGUCCUGCAGGAGCAGCUGAUGGGCGUCAUCCUGCAGGUGCUGAGGACCCACCCAGAUCUGCACUACUACCAGGGCUACCACGACAUUGCCGUGACGCUGCUGCUGGUCUCGGGGCAGCGCAUGGCCGUGGCUCUGCUGGAAAGGCUCUCUACGCUCCACCUCAGGGACUUCAUGGACCCCACCAUGGACAGCACCAAGCACAUCCUCAACUACCUCAUGCCCAUCCUGCAGUGGGAGAGUCCCCAGCUCCACGACUUCAUGCAGAGAGCUGAAGUGGGCACCAUCUUUGCCCUGAGCUGGCUGAUCACCUGGUAUGGCCAUGUCCUCACCAACUUCCAUCACAUCCUGCGCCUUUAUGACUUCUUCCUGGCCUCCCAUCCGCUCAUGGCGGUCUACUUUGCCGCUGCGAUUGUCCUCCACCGUGAAGAGGAGGUCCUGGCUUGCAACUGUGACAUGCCCAGCGUCCACCAGCUCCUCUCUCGGAUCCCUCAGGAUCUGCCAUACGAGACCCUCGUGCUCCGAGCCCAGCAACUCUUCAGGUGUCUCCCGCACACCGAACUGGCCAAGCAGGCCGCCCUUCAACUCUACAAGAGCAUCAGCAUCGGGUCUUUCUCUGAGUUCCAGCAAGCAGCCUCCUGCCAGCGUCCGGAUGCCAUCCUUCGCCAGCAGCAACAACACAUGACGGUGCCUGGCAAAGCCGAACCGGACAUCCUCCUUACCACAGCGGAGCACAGCCCCUUGGUGAAGGCAGCCGUCUGGGGGAUUUCGGCCACCCUGGGGGCCGCUGCGUUGGCCGUCACACAGACCGCCUUGGAGUGGGCACCCGAAUUCCUCCUCCAGCUCUUCUAGGCCAUGAAGGGACUUUGUCAUGAAUUUGUUGGGGACGUUGGCACUCUGAAUCUCCCGCAUUGCACUAAGGAACAGCACUGGGAUUCAGGACGCUGUCAGCUGAACCCAGGACUCUCAAGUCUCCUGGCUUUUUUGAAGGGUAAAAGUGACCCAGCAUGGGCAAGUCACUGUCCCUGAGCCUCAGAAGGAGCCAAUGGGACAAACCUCUUCUGCAUAUAUCUUGCCAAAAAAUAUCCUUCUUUUUAGAGCCACUAUGGUGCUAUGGUCUGAGUGUUGGCUAGGACUGUGGAAACCCAUUGGGUGACCCUGGUUAAGUCACACUCUCUCAGCCUCAGAGGAAGGCACUGGUGGCAAGCCUCCUCUGAAGACAUCUGGCCAGAAAACCUUAGGAUAGGGUUGCCAUGAACUGGAAUCAGCUUGAAGACUCCUAACAAGGAGACAAGUGUUGUUGUUUGAGUACUAGCUUAGGAUUCAAAUCCCUAUUCAGCCAUUAGUGACCUUGGGGAAAUUGCUCUCAUCCUCAGCCUAAGAGGAAGGCAAUGGCACAUAAAUCUUUUGGGAAGACAGUGUGGCAUAGGGGUUCAAGUCCUGGCCUAGGUCUCCAGUAGACCAGGGUUUGAAUCCCUGCUCAGUGAUGGAAUCCCACCAGGUUACCUUGAGUGAGCCACACUCUCUCAGCCUCAGAGGACGGCAAUGGGGGCAAACCCUUGAAGAAAUCUUGCCAUAAAAACCUUGUAGUAAGGUUGCCAUAAGUAAAAAAUGGCUUGAAGGCGCACAGCAACAAAAAAGGGAGCUAAGACAUAGGACAAUGGUGGGGGGAAACAGCAGCCAGCCAACAGCAGAGGGUCCAUAGGUUCUUGCCAUCAGAUGGGACUUCCCAACUAUGGCCAAGCACAUGCCAGACCUCCGUACGCACCAUUGCCUUGGUGCACCUGAUCUUUGUGGGGGCUGCAGGCUAGUUAAACUCUUCCUCCUCCGUUUUGCCAGGAUAGAGAUUAGGUCAGUUCUUUCCUUGCCAAAGGCUGUCUUCAAACCAGUAGUUCACUCAAAAGAGAUGCCCUUGGCAAGGAGCAAAGAGCGCAUGCCUGCCACAGGGUUAGAAAGGUCUGGGCCUUCUUGCAGGAGGGGAAGCAAGCAUCCCUUGGUCUGGUGUGGCAAAGGAUAUCUCUACAGUACUCUUAGUACAUACAUUGAACUUUCUUUUAUCAUGGAUGCAUGGGAUAUAUGGGGAAAGUGGAGCCUUCAGGCUUCAUGUAACUCUGGAACGGCACCUUUGCAGCCCUCAAAAUUCCCUGGCAGCCCCUUCCAAUCCCUCCCAAUUUGGGAAGGUGGCAAUUUCCCACUCCAAACGUGUGCACAGGCACAGCCGAAAAAAGAAGGUGGCAGCAUGAGCUUUCGUAGACUUCAGCCUGCUUCUUCAGGUGCAGCUAAAAAUGCAAACAUACACGUAAACAUGCAUCUGAAGAAGUGGGCUGAAGU